AUGUCGGGAGAGAGCUGGACACCUCAGGGCUGCCGCUUGUUUGCAGGAUAUAUCGGCCUCGGCACACUUGACAAGUCAGUGGAGGGCGGCGAAACGCAAGACGCCAUUACAACAAAAGAGAACACAAUGACAGCGCUGGGGAGGUUGGUUUGGGUUCUCUGGGUUUUGGCUCUGGGGAUUAACACUGCUCAUUCGGUUCCGGAUUUCUCUUUGUAUCUGCACAGUGUUCUGAAGAACCACACGGCUCACGCUUGCGAAGGAGAAACGCUCGCCAUCGAGUGUCCCGCCAGAACGUCCGUGGCCGUCUUAUCGGCCUUCUUCGGACGCCGCGUUCCUCAUCGCUAUUUGUGUCCCGGCCAGAAGACAAAUCGAACCGACGAAGAGUACGCCGAGUGUUCUUCUGCGGUCGCUAUCAAGAAAGUGCUGUCAGAGUGUCAGGAUGAGCGGUCGUGUCAAAUCCCCGUCUUUGGCCCCGUGUUUGGGCACGACCCUUGCCCGCUCACCAGCAAGUACCUGCUGGUGUACUACAAGUGCAGACCAGCGCACCACCGCACGAGACUGGUGUGCGAGAACGAACGCCUGAGGCUGGCGUGUAAGAACGGCACCGUGCUGGCCAUCUACUCGGCCAGCUUCGGACACCUCCUGCACGGAAGGCCCCUGUGUCCUCAGGGAGGGGGCUCGCCGGUGGACAUGGAGUGUUUGUCGCCAUCUGCUCUGAGGAGAGUCUCACGCCGGUGUCAUGGCCGAGCGAACUGUUCGGUGCUGGCUGACGCUCAAAGCUUUGGGGACCCGUGUUUCCCCGGCACCAGGAAACACCUGCGAGUGUCCUACACUUGCGUGCCCAGGUAUGUUCUAGAAGACGUGGGUCGAGGGACAACAGAUCCUUUCAUGAUCUCGGACUACACACACGGUGGAUGGUACACUGGCCCCACCUACAGGCAACAAAAUGUUCUACUAACCAACUCUCUGGAGAUGAUAGAAAAAAUGUUGGGAGUGCCUGAGCGAGUAGCUCUGUAUUUCGUCUCGGGGAUCUGCGCUGGUCUGGUUUUCCUGCUCUGCCUGUUUGGAGUGCGUUCCACACUAGUGAAGGACGUGAAGGGGCUGGUGUCGGAUCUGCACGACGAGCUGAAAGCUUCGAGCGGACAGCACAAGCACCUGACGGACGACCUCUACGAUGACGACGAAGUCUCGGAUGCCUCGUCCUUUCGUCGCCUGACUCGGUCGUACCGCGCGACGGACAUGCUCGGUCCGUCCACGCUCGCCGUGGAGAUGAUGCCACAGGGUGUUGAACACAGUCGAGAUCUGCCCAAUGGAGACAUGUGGCCACAUCCAGACACCAACCCUUAUGCCAUUCAUCAGGUUACUAAUUACAGCAAUUAGUUUCUUUUAACCUCGUAUACUGUUCGGGUCAAAUUUGACUCGUCUUGAUAUUUGACAGCAGUGAAAAUAUCCUCCAUGUUAUUCGUUCAACCUGAAAUUUGAUGAGUUUUCCUAGAGUGACCCAAAAUACCCCAACAUUUUAGUAUUUAACGUCAUUUUGUUUUUGUACAGGUGCUCCAAAGAUUUUUUUACAAGGAGGCUGUUUCGGGUCAAAUUUGACCCAAGUCUACUAAAAUCUGCUUUAGAUUUACCAGUGUGUGAUAAGUCAAGGAUAAAGGCGGUCAUUUUGAAAUUGUGAAA